AUGGUCCUGCUCGAGAAGCAGUGGGUGAAUGUUCAGGAAAAGACUUUCAGGAAAUGGCUCAAUAAUAAGAUAAGCCCACGAAAUGUAGUGGUAACCGACCUCUCGACCGACCUCUCGGAUGGAGUUAAUCUGAUUCACCUUCUCGAACUUCUCAGCAAUGAGUCUCUUGGACGAUAUGCUGCCAAGCCGAAACUGCGUGUACAGCGAUUCGAAAAUGUCAACAAGUGCUUGGACUUCAUUAGGAGCAGAGGAAUCCAGAUGACCAAUAUUGGCGCCGAAGACGUGGUAGAUGGCAACAGAAAGAUUAUCCUAGGACUGAUCUGGACGCUCAUUCUGAGGUUCACCAUAUCCGAUAUCAACGAGGAGGGUCUAUCAGCCAAGGAAGGUCUUCUCUUGUGGUGUCAGCGGAAAACAGCCUGCUACGAUGGCGUGGACGUUCGGGACUUCUCUUCCUCUUGGAAUGACGGUUUGGCAUUUUGCGCGCUACUCGAUAUCCACAGGCCUGAUUUGAUAGACUACGAUACUUUGGAUAAGUCUGACCACAAGGGCAACAUGCAGUUGGCUUUCGAUAUUGCGUCAAAGGAGAUUGGAAUACCGGAUCUGUUGGACGUCGAGGAUGUGGCCGAUGUUGCAAAGCCAGACGAAAGGUCUUUGAUGACCUACAUUGCCUACUGGUUCCAUGCUUUCAGUGCCAUGGAAAGAGUCGAGAAUGCGGGGAGGCGAGUAGAGAAGUUUGUCUCGAACAUGCAAGGCGCCUGGGAGAUGGAAUCUGCUUACGAAAAAAGAAUGCGAGCGCUGCUGAAGCUCAUUCGAGAACAGCGUCAGACUUGGCGCGAGUCCAAGUUUGAGGGAACUUACGCCGACGCCAAGGCGCAGGCUGCUGCCAUGGGAAAAUUCAAAAGGAGUCUGAAAAGAGAUUGGGUAGCUGAGAAGUCUGAGAUAGGUGCUCUGCUUGGAAACAUAAAGACGAAAUUAUCUACGUAUAGGCUGCGGCCAUAUCAGCCACCACCAGAGCUGAGAUUUGAAGUACUUGACGAGGAGUGGGCCGGCCUAUCAGGCGACGAGCAGCGGCGAAGCAGGCUCAUCAAUGAAACCAUUAGAGACAUCAAGUACGCACUCAGGAGAAGCUUCGCGGACAAAGCCAACGAUUUUGCUUUGACACUAAACACGUUGUCUUUAGCAAUUUCUGGACUUGAGGGCGAUGUUGAGGAUCAGCUUCAACAUGCACAAAAGUUGGCCAGCAACAUCCCUGUUCUGGAACAGUAUCUCGAAGGCAUAGCAGUGUUGGAUGAGAAGUGUCAAGAAGCAAACAUUGACGAAAACGACUUCACGACGUACACUUACGACGAGCUUGUCUAUGAGCUCAGUCUCGUCAAGCAGGCCACUUCGAAGAAGCUGACCUUUUUAGAGAACCAAAUGGUAGCAAGGAGUAUGACGAACCUGACGCCUAUUCAGCUGGAAGAGUUUGAGUCAGUAUUUAGACACUUCGACCGUGACGGUACUAAUACCUUGCAUGAACUCGAGUUCAGUGCAGCACUUGCUAGUCUGGGGUUGGUUUAUGAUGAGCAGGAGAUGCACGAGAAAUUCCUUGAGGUCUGCCACACCGGACUUGAUCCUGCCACAUCGCCGGUAUCAAAGAAACAACGUGAGACACGUGGUGUCGGUUUCGAGCAGUUCAUUCGUUUCAUGGUCGCUGUCACGGAGGAUCAAAACAGUGCCGAGCAGGUGUUUGACUCCUUUAAGGAGGUUGCAGAUGGGAAACCCUACGUAACAGAGAUGGACCUGCGGCAUUCUCUAAUACCUGAAGAGCUCAUUGAGGAUCUGAUUCACAGCAUGCCUGAACACCACGGACCUGACCUCGAAGCCGAUCGAGGAGUGCCGAAAUACGAUUAUAUUACCUUUAUGCAGGGCAUGAUGGGUGAUGGUUCAGACAAGCAGUCGAAUGGUGAUCACAGACCAAGGACGCCAGUUCGCUGA